CCUUUCGGUUCCCGAUUCAAUCUGCAUAACGAGGCAGCUUCCGCUCUUUAUUAAGUGGAGGUAACUUUCAUAGAAGGUGAAGGUGACAGGACCAAUACCCCCUUCAAAUUGCAUCAUAAUACCCGGGUGUUAGCCACGUCAGUUUAUUUACUGAAUAUUUAAGUCUGUUUUUGACUCAAUAAACAAUAUUAGCUAAAUUGAAAUUGAAGAUACAUGUAAGUGCCAUAUUCUUCUGGACUACUAGGAAUACUGUUAUUUUACGUUAAAAUUUACUACUGUAGGAAGCAAGCUAUCUGUCCGUGAGUUAGUGGAUUUUUUUAAGGUUGGGGAAAUAAAUCAGGCAGCUAAUUAAAGUGACAUGUGACAGGCCUUCAUGAUGGCUGAAGACAGAAACAGAGAUGGUAGUGAUGCUGAGCCUGAAGAGGAUGAUAACGAAUUCGAAUUUAUUGAACCAGCAGACCCAAGACACAACGAGAUGAUUCGGCGUAUAAUUGGUGACCUCAGCAAUGCUUCGGUUGCUAAACAAGUUGGUAUAGGUGGAGCCACUGGCUGGUGUGCUGGCUAUAUCUCAGUCAAGGUGGGCAAAGCUGCUGCUGCACUGCUAGGAGGUAGUCUGUUACUCUUACAGAUUGCAGAUCAUUUUGGUUAUGUACAGAUCAACUGGAGGCAGGUGAGGAGAGGUGUGAACACAGCCAGGAGAAGGAUUGAAGACCAAGCCAACAGACAGUUCCCUGGACUGGCACAGAAUGCCAACCAGUUCUUCCGUAAUAACAUAUAUCUGGCGGGCGGAUUUGCAGGAGGAUUUCUACUUGGAUUGGCAUCAUGAUACACAGAGGACCACAAUUACAGCUGAUACAAUCAAACUUCACAUUUAUCAUCAAAGGGCACAUUCAAAACAACUUGAUCCGUGAACUAACAGAUCUGCGGAUCAAAUAUGGCACCACCCACUUGAAAACGUGCUGAGAUUUAAUUGCUCUGCCCCCGCUGGAAUGGUGGACGUGGGAGGAUGGGACUCCAUUGUCAAGUGCCCGCCAUAUUUGAUAUGCAGACUAGUUAGUCUGCGGAUCAACUUUGUUGUGAAUGCUGUCUAAUGUACUAUUUAGGCUAUGCCACUGGACAGGUUUAUGACACCAGUAAUUGCCAAAAAGUUCGAGAUUCCUACUGCUAAAUCUAAGGCGUCCAUACAUUGGGUACUGUAUCAAUUUGACCUCAAAAACGUAAUUGAUCCGUUAGCAGCCCAGCACUGAAAGGUCUUUAUUUUGAAUUCUGCCUGACAUGCGGUGUGUAUACUAGCACAUAUCAUCAAGCAUGUGGAUUUUACACAUUUUCAAAAUCAUGCCACUUUAAGGAUUUAAAAUACAAAUGGUGGUAGGUUGUACUAAAAACUCACAAAAUUUCUUAUAAAAUUAAUCUGUGACAUUUCCCAAAACUUUUUGUGAUAUAUAAGAACAAUUACUUGAAAGUUCCAAAUAACAAGUAGGGUUGGGAUCUUGACAUAUAUCUUUUUAUUAUUAUUAUUUUUUUUUUCAUUUAAUUGUAUUCAUUUUUUGUUCGUCAUUUUUUCAUCUUUUAUUUUAUAUAGCAUACCUGUAGUGAUUAGUCUUGGAAGUAUAAGAUGUUAGUGUUCGAAAUUUUUUGAUAAAUACCCUGCGGGGGCCAUGUCCUAUGUAUAGAACCCAAGUGGACAUUCACACAUGGAGAAGGUACAUAUUAAUGAAGAAAGUCGAACAUUUUUCAAGAAUUUGUAGAUCCUGGAUUACCAGAUAAAGACAAAAAUUAUGCUUUUUUCUCAAGACAGACGUGUCUUGUGAUUAUUAAAUUAAAAUAAUCUAGAAAACUGGUUUUGGUGCAGUUAAGAAUUAAUUGAAAUGAUGAAGUCAGGACCCCAGAAAGAAAUUUAGAGGGGGGGGGGGGGGUAAUUCAAACAAACUCGUAGUCCUUUUCAGUGGAAUGUUUACACUAGUAUAUAUCUGCCUUUAUCUUUAUACGUUUGGGUUUGUAUUGUCCAGUAUUUAUAACCUCUUGUUGGUAGUAUAUUCAUGGUUUGUGGUAUGAAUUAAUUAUUAUGUAUAUAACAGCCAUUAACUAUUACAAUCCUUAAAUCAUGUAAGUGUAACAUAUACUUAUGUCCCAACUUGAGAGAAUAAACAGUGAUUUAUCACUGUACAGCACACCCUGUACAUCUCUGGAACCCUACUGGGCAGGCCACUGAUUAUAGAGGGGGGUUUCAAGAACUGAAGGAUGGAAUUCAGGGUGCAACCCCCCUUAUGUUAUUUCUUGUAGUUGUUAUUUAUCAAUUUUAAUUUGAAAUAUGAAAUAAAA